AUGUCUGUCCAACAAAUAUUUAAUGGCCGUUUCCGAUAUAUUAUUUUAAUAAUAUCUUUAUUAAGUCUUUCAAUGAUGUUGGGAAAUAUUCUUUGUUUAAAUUUUACAAUUUUAUGUAUGACAGAGGAAAAAUUUCAUUGGAAAAAUUUUACAAUUGAUGUUGGAAUUGAUGUUUUUGAAAAUAUUAAUUUUGAAUCUGCUUUUGAAGAAAAACAUUCAUCUAGUAAAUCAUCUACUAGUUCUAUAUCAAUUUCAAAACCAACUGAUGGCUUUAAUAAUCUCCCAUCACUAGGCAUAGAAUUACCCUCUUUAGAUUCAACUAGCUGGCUAAGAAAAAGUUCUUCUAAAUUAGCUAUACAUAACCCUCAAUUAUUUUUCCGAUUACUAAAAAUGGUAGCUAUGGAAAUUGGAGAAAUGGCAGUUAAAAAAGUUGGAGAGAAAUUGGAUCCAAAAAAUAUUGAUUUUAAUGGUUUUAAUUUCACAAAUUUUGAUGAAGGUUUUAUGCUAAAACUAAAAGAAUAUUUACUACAGAAAUUUGAAAAGAGUAUUGAAGUAAAUUCUCAAUUAGAAGGGCAAUUUGAUAACAUAAGUGAAUGGAGAAACGUCAGACCCGAGCAUAUAGAAUUGAAUAACAUUACAUGGGAUGGUGUUAUAAAUGGUAGAGUGAAAAUAAUCGAAAAAUAUGCCGAUCAUUAUUAUACUUCAACACAAAAAUCUUUACUUCUUGGAAUUAUUGCUUUAGGGGCCCUUCUCGCAAUUCCCGGAAUUGGUGUUGGAAUUAAACGAUGUGGAUGCCGUAAAAUAUUUACAAUUGUUGGACUUAUUUCUGCAAUAAGCACAGCAAUAUGUCCAUGUGCUGCUUCUCAAGGAUUUAUUCCAUUUUUAAUUGCAAGAUUAAUUCAGGGAGUUGGAUUUGCUCGCUGUAACUGCUGAAUGGGCUAGCCUUAUUGAAAAUGGUCUUUUUAAUGGAAUGUUAACUAGCUUUAUACAGGCACAUAUAUUUUUAUUUAAAUUAU